AUGCCUCUCGCAACGGUCCACCUCAUCUCGCUCACGCCCAGCACAAGCAUCCCGUCGUUCGUCCAGGCGGUGAGGUCGACAUCCACAAUCAAACCGCUCGUCAUCUCCAAGGUUGUCCGUUGGAUAAUAACACCGACUACCAUCUCGGCUAAAGAAUUGCUCAACCCGAAGAAACCUUGGGACCUGCUGCUUAUCGUCCUGGGUAACGAUGCUCUCCCAAAGAGCCUGAAGGACAAGAUCGAAGUGCACUGGUCUGUCACAUCAGGAGUCCCGUCCCGACUGACCAGCAGCUUCGACAAAACCAACGCUCAACUUCUCCACCCAGAUCCUAAAUCCGUGCCCGCGCUGACAGGGUCUCUGGACAAGCCACGCAUGGGUAGCUCAUCACAAACACUCGAGCUCUCGGCGGGAUUGAGCGAGUGGAUCGCUGCGUUCUCCCGCUCCCACACCGGCCAGAACGCGAUGUCGAUGCUGAACCUGCUUGCCUUCAAACCGGGCAAGAAGCCGGACUAUCUACAAUACGGGAAGGCGUUUGCAGAGACCAUCGGCGCGAAGCGUGGCGGGAACGCGAAGCUCGUUGGAAAUGUCACGGCCCAGCAGGACCAGAGUGUCUCCGGCGGCAAGUGGGAUGAGUUCGCCCUCGCUCACUACCCGAGUAUCUUGCAUUUCGCAGACAUGCUCGCAAGCGAGGAUUAUCAGUCUGUGAAUCUCAAGUAUCGCGUGCCAAGUUUGCAGGAUACUUUUAUUCUGGCCACGAGUGAGAUUGAGCUCGAGGAGCUGGUACAGGCUGGUGGGAACGGUGGCAGAUCAGUGAAACUAUAG